ACCAUUCCGACCCGUUAGAUCCGCUCCCCCGUGUCCUCGGCUCGGAACUCAGCGCCUCACUUCCCAUGGGCUAUCGCCGCCGCUGACACUGGGGCCCACCACUCUCCACCGCGUCCGCCUCUUCCCUCUCCUCCUCCUCUUAUUGCCUCCACCGACCCGCGCCGACCGUCCCCGCCCGCCGACAUCGCAAACGCUAACCCUAGCUGUCGCCAGAACUGCCUGGUCGGCUCGACGCUCGUCUGCCCCAAGCCUCUCCGAGCUCUUGGAUGCGCCGGCUGCUACGAUGGCUACCCCGUCGCCCGCCGCAGAGAGCCCCGACGGCGUGGAGAUCCGCGACGUCUGGGCGAGGAACCUGGAGGAGGAGUUCGCCGCGAUCCGCGAAGUCGUCGACGCGUACCCGUACGUCGCCAUGGAUACGGAGUUCCCCGGCUUCGUGAUGAAUCCGGCCGGCAAAUACCGCUUCCGCGACGACCACAACUACGCUAUCCUCGUGGCCAACGUCAACUUGCUCAAGCUAAUCCAGCUCGGCAUCACCCUCUCCGACGAGACCGGCGCGCUGCCGCCGCUGGGCACGGGGGGCCGGGCCUGCAUCUGGCAGUUCAACUUCCGGGGCUUCGACCCGCGCACCGACCCCUCCGACGCCAACUCCAUCGACAUGCUCCGCCGCAGCGGGAUCGACUUCGACCGUUUCGCUGCCGAGGGCGCCGACGCCACCCGCUUUGCCGAGUUGUUGAUGUCGUCCGGGAUCGUGCUCAACGACGGUGUCCAGUGGAUUACCUUCCACGGUGGGCACGACUUCGGCUACCUGCUCAGGCUGCUCACCGGGCGGAACAUGCCGGACACCUUGGGUGGGUUCCUGGAGCUCACCAAAGUCUUCUUCCCGGUGCUGUACGACAUCAAGCAUCUCAUGAAGUUCUGCGGUGGCCUAUACGGCGGGCUGAGCAAGCUUGGGGAGCUGCUCAAUGUCAAGCGCGUUGGCACCAGCCACCAGGCUGGUUCUGACUCUCUGCUGACCCUGCAAUGCUUCAAGAAGCUUAAGGAGGUGUACUUAAAAGAAUCGCUGGAGACGAAAGCUGGUGUGUUGUUUGGGCUUAUUCCAGGGGAUGUGGAGAACAAACCACCAACUCUCCCCAAGUAAUGGAUAGUCAAAUAACAAGAAUCUGAAUGAAACAAUGGAGAACAAAAAACUUUCAUCGCUGAAUAUAUGGCAUCUGACCUGACGAUUUAUUGUUCUUGCUAUGAUAGACCUUUCUUUCCCAACCAUUCUUUGUUUUAGUUCAAUUGAAUGAUUGGUCUUU